GUGGGGCGUCUUUGGUGGCCUCUUGCCCUGGCAGCGAGGGCCCGGCACACCGGGCUCCCAGACGGCGGAGGAACAGCAGCAGCUGGGCAUGGCGGAGGACGGGCCCAAGCCACCGCAGCUCAACAUGCCCCUGGUCCUGGACCACGACCUGACCAGGCAGAUGCGGCUGCGCGUGGAGAGCCUGAAGCAGCGCGGGGAGAAGCGCCAGGACGGCGAGAAGCUGCUGCGGCCGGCCGAGUCCGUGUACCGCCUUGACUUCAUCCAGCAGCAGAAGCUGCAGUUUGAGCGCUGGGACGUCGUGCUGGACAAGCCGGGCAAGGUCACCAUCACGGGUACCUCCCAGAACUGGACGCCCGACCUCACCAACCUCAUGACGCGCCAGCUGCUGGACCCUGCUGCCAUCUUCUGGCACAAGGAGGACUCGGACACCAUGGAUUGGAAUGAGGCCGAUGCCCUGGAGUUCGGGGAGCGCCUGUCGGACCUGGCCAAGAUCCGCAAGGUCAUGUACUUCCUCAUCGCCUUCAGCGAGGGCCUGGAACCCGCCAACCUCAAGGCCUCCGUGGUCUUUAACCAGCUCUGACGGCAGCUGCUCGCUGCUGCCCCCUCCCCGUGCCAGCCCUGCCCGUGCCCCCUGCCCCGAGGCGUGUGUUUGAGGACGUUCUUCUAGCUGCUGGCCUGUACUCAGCUCUCCCGGGACCCCCUGAGCCUGUGUCCUUCCUCCUCUCCUCUCCAUGGUGCUGGCGCUCCUGCUCACGGGAGGAAGAUGCAAAGGACUUGUAGUCUAGAAGCUGGACCGGUGGCCGUUGCUUCUGCUGUAGACCAUGGAGCCUGGUUGGCCUUGUGUGGGCAGAUGGAGGGGGCCGAGCGCAUUUAUUUUCUCUCUGCUUCGCUGUCCGGACAGAGACUCAAAGAGACCGAGAGAGACAGACAUAGACACGCAGAAAGAGAGAUCCAAGUUCCCCGCCAUCGGACUUCCUCUGGAGAUGGGAGAUGGGGAGACCGGCGACAGAGUGGCCUCCUUGGGGAAUCCACACAUGGGCAUUUGGCACCCUCCUGGCGACAGAAGUCCAGAGGUGAACACUCAGCCUGAGGACCCAGGAAGGCACUUACUCCUGGCCCGGGCCUGGUGUGGUCCCAUGAUGCCCCAGGGGCCUCGGGACUUCAGGCAGGGUUGCUGCGGGGCUUGAUUUGGGCAAUGGGGAGUGACUGGCAGGCUAGCAGCUAUGCUUGCCAACUCUUGCUCUUUGGAGAACGACUUCAGGAGGGAGAAGUGACAGGGAGAGGACAUAUAACAUGUUACAGAGGGAUGUCUCUAUCUGUACUUGUGCAUAUAUAUUGAGAGAGAGCACACUAUAUUCAUAAGGCUAUGUUCUAGAGUCUGUACCUGCCCUGUGUGCAAGUCUGAUUUUAGAUGAUCUAUUAUGUAGUUGCCCAGCUGGUUUGCGGGUGGCCCUUAUCAGGGGCUUGGCCAAGAUGGCCUUGGGGAGGGGAGCCCCCUGAGCUGAGAGCCUGUGAGGUUCAUACAAUGAAGUGGGGAACAGUAUAGUGAAGGGGUCUCCCUCUCCCUGGGGAAGCUAGAUAGCUGGGAGCUCUGGAGCAGGAGACAGUAGAUUCUUUGCUGGGAUGUCAGGUUUCUUCCAGGUUCCCGGGCAGGGAAGGCCCAGGCCCAGUGAGCCUUCUUUGAGGGAGGGGCAGGCCUGGCUGGCACCUCAGGAAGUGACCCCAACACCCUGUCUCCAGGCCAGCCCUGGUUUGUUCUUGUCAGAAACAGGCCCAUUUUCCUCACGAAGCAGAGCCAUCGAGGGCUGCAGGGCCCUGCGAGCAGACACCCCGAGAGAUAGAGGUUGAGAGCCAUCCCAGUGGCUGGGGCUGCUGGGAGGGCGAGCCCCCCACUCUGGAAAUGUGCAAAGAGGAGCAGGUAUUGGAGUUGGGAUUCUUUUUUUUUUUUUUUCUUAAGUUUUAUUUAUUUGGAGAGGGAAAGAAUACACAAGUGUGGGAGGGGCAGAGAGAGAGGGAGAGAGAGAAUCCCAAGCAGGCUCUGCACUGUCAGCUCAGAGCCUGGCACAGGGCUAGAGCCCAUGAACCAUGAGAUCGUGACCUGAGCCGAAAUCGGACGUUUCAUGACUGAGCCACCCACGCGUCCCUUGGGAUUCUUUAGGUGGGAAUUGGCUGUGGUCGUUUCUGACUUUCAGCUCUGGGGCCUGAAGUCCCAGCAAUGCCUGCCUGCCUUCUCUGCUGACAACUAGGGGAGUCCAGACCCCUGGAGAUGGCGCUGCCCUUUGCCUUUUUGCCGCUCUGGGGACCCUCAUGGUGCAGACUACCUGUACCCCCACUCUGCUCUACCGUAUCCACCCCAUGCGCUGCGUGUCCCCAAUAAAGCCUCUAUUCCCCUGCCUCGCGGUGUGCAGUCUCUCACCGCGAGCCAC